AUGUCUAUCACAACCAAAGCGACCAUCGCCUCCUUUGGCGGGAAGCUUCUGAAGCUCACUCACAAUGCCACCACGACCAAUUGUGAAAUGGCAUUCAACCUCUAUCUGCCCCCGCAGGCUUUAAAAAAUCCAACGCAUAAAGUGCCCGUCCUCAUAUACCUUUCCGGCCUCACCUGUACGGCAGACAAUUGCUCUGAGAAGGGCUUCUUCCAACACGGUGCUAGUAAGAAGGGGAUUGCGAUUCUCUACCCCGAUACGAGUCCCAGAGGCCUAAACAUUGAGGGCGAGAAUGAUUCAUGGGACUUUGGUACCGGGGCCGGCUUCUACGUUGACGCCACGAAGGCUCCAUUCGAUAAGGGUUAUAACAUGUAUAGCUACGUCACAGAAGAGCUGCCGAAGACGGUAUUUGCUGCAUUCGAGCAAUUAGAUUCGACGCGAGUUGGCAUUAUGGGCCAUAGCAUGGGAGGACAUGGUGCUUUGACGUUGUUCCUGAAAAAUCCCGGCAAAUACAAGUCUGUCUCCGCAUUCGCUCCCAUCUCCAACCCCAUCAACUGUCCCUGGGGUCAGAAGGCGUUCAAGGGAUAUCUAGGCGAUGAUAUGCAGAAGUGGAAGGAAUACGAUGCCACAGAACUCGUCAAGAAGUGGAAAGGCCCGCUUAAUGCCCUAAUUGAUGUUGGCACUGGUGACGAUUUUUAUAAACAGGGGCAACUCCUUCCCGAGAACUUUGCUAAAGCGGCCAAGAAGGCUGGCGUUGAGGGAGUAAAUAUCCGGUAUCAGGAAGACUAUGACCAUAGCUAUUACACCAUAGCGACGUUCUCGGAUGAUCAUGUCGAGCAUGCGGCUAAAUAUCUAUUUGCAUAG